AUGAAUGGUCUGUCCAUACGAGAGCUAUGCUGCCUGUUCUGCUGCCCUCCUUGCCCCAGCCGGAUUGCAGCCAAAUUAGCUUUCCUCCCACCAGAGCCCACCUACGCCCUCCUCCCUGACCCAGAUCCUACCAGCGGUGGGAGUGGAGGAGGUGGAAGUUCCGGAGCUGGGGUUGGAUGUGAGAGCAGGUGGAAGCUGCAUCUCACGGAGAGGGCAGAGUUUCAAUAUUCUCAGAGAGAGCUAGAUGUGACUGAUGUGUUCCUGACCAGGUCCAGCCGAGGAAACAGGGUUGGAUGUAUGUAUAUACGCUGUGCCCCUAAUGCCAGGUUCACUGUGUUGUUUUCACACGGCAACGCAGUCGACCUCGGCCAGAUGAGUAGCUUUUACAUUGGCUUGGGGACGCGCAUCAACUGCAACAUAUUCUCAUACGAUUACUCAGGCUACGGGGUCAGCACUGGCAAGCCGUCGGAGAAGAACCUUUAUGCUGACAUAGAUGCCGCCUGGCACGCUUUGCGCUCUCGGUACGGCAUCAGCCCCGAGAACAUCAUUCUAUACGGGCAGAGCAUCGGCACAGUGCCCACAGUAGACUUGGCGUCACGUUUUGAGUGCGCUGCCGUAGUGCUUCACUCUCCUCUCACUUCUGGCAUGAGAGUGGCCUUCCCUGACACCAAGAAAACAUACUGCUUCGAUGCUUUCCCCAACAUAGAAAAGGUGUCAAAGAUCCCGUCUCCAGUGCUGAUCAUCCAUGGUACAGAGGACGAGGUCAUCGACUUCUCCCACGGCCUGGCCCUGUUUGAGCGCUGUCCAAAGGCUGUGGAGCCCCUCUGGGUGGAGGGCGCCGGCCACAACGACAUUGAGCUAUACAGUCAGUACCUCGAGAGGCUACGGCGCUUCAUCAACCAGGACCUGGCUGCUCAGCACGCCUGA